AUGAGUGAUCUUCAACGAUCUUUUGCCAGAGCUCAUUUAUCCCGACCACCUCCCGAACCCCCCUCUAUGUUUGAUGAUCGGGACGAUCACCACGAUGAAUUACCCGACCUUCGACCUGGAUCUCCUAAUGAUUCAUCAUCUUCUGCUUCUUCGACGUCCUCGGCUGGCACCGUAGUCCCAUCACCCAGUAGAAAUCUGUUUGAGAAACCCAAAGGCUCUAAUAUCAGAGGCCGCUCGGCGCCGCUCCCAUGGGAGGAAUUCUUUGCCCAGGAUCUGUUUUUGGAACACAAGACGCCCUCGGAGACCAUAAAGCAUCACGUCUAUCUAACGCCACCCUCUUCUUCCGGUCCCCUGAUCGUUACGCAUCAUGGCGCUGGGUCUUCGGGCUUGUCCUUUGCUGUUUUUGCUACAGAGCUUUUGAAACUUCUCCCCAAUGCCGGCGUUCUUUCAUUGGACGCUAGAAGUCACGGCCAAACCACCACGACCACUUCUUCUGGAAGCAUACCUUCAUCACAGGACCUGAGCUUGACAACUUUAGCAGAGGAUCUAGCCUUUGUCGUCAACACUGUCAAGACACAACUGAGGUGGGCGGCUCUACCCGAUAUCGUGCUUAUUGGUCACAGUCUUGGAGGCGCUGUUGUUACCGAAGUGGCUCAUGAAAGACUCUUGGGCAAUUCACUACUGGCAUAUGGCGUCCUGGAUGUUGUCGAGGGCUCAGCCAUGGACGCACUACUGAGCAUGGACACCUAUCUCUCUACGAGACCGAAAUCCUUUCCAUCCCUCACGUCCGGGAUCGAGUGGCAUACUAAGUCUCGGACCAUUCGUAACAAUACGUCCGCCAAAGUCUCCGUACCAUCUCUUCUUAUCGAGUCGAAAUCCAAAGACAAAUGGUUAUGGCGGACUGACUUGGCAGCAACGAAACCAUUUUGGAAGGGUUGGUUUGUUGGUCUAUCGAAGAAAUUCCUAGAGUCUCGUGGAGGGAAACUUCUCCUCCUUGCUGGCACGGACAGACUUGACAAGGAGCUGAUGAUCGGGCAGAUGCAGGGCAAGUCCAGCUUAUUCUACAGCCGACCUCUUUCCUUUCUGACUUUGACAGGCAAAUAUCAACUCCAAGUAUUCCCAGAGGCGGGUCAUUUCAUCCAAGAGGAUCAACCAGCGCGAACAGCGCAAAUAGUAGCAGAUUUCUACAAGCGGAAUGAUCGAAACGGACCCGUAUUACCGCCGAAGGUGGACGACUUAAUCAAGCAAGGCAAGUUAAAGCCGACAGGUUUCAAAUGA